GCGCAGAGGGCUGGGAGACAGCAGUUGGAAGUUGGCAGGUGGAGAGGCAGGUUGGGAGGGGAAGUCGGGGGAGGAGGCGGAAGAGAAGCUGUCGGAAGGGGGAGGAGGGAGGGAGGAAAAGAGGAGGAGGCGGAGGAGAACUGAGCUGAGCAGAGCAUCGAGCCAAAGGGGAGAUGAGUUUGUCUGUCCUCGGCUGAGGCUCCGGCCGGGCCUAGGGAACUGGGAGCUCGGGUUGGAGCGACACCCGUGGAAGUGGGAGGAGGUGGCUCAGGGACUUUAACCCCUUGUGGGCUCUGCGGCAAGGGAUUUAACCCUUUGUGGAUCCGGCCCCUCCGAGGCAGCGUCAUCGGGUAGUUUUAACCCCUUCGGGACGAGGCUUAACCCUUUGGACUUAACCUCAUCUCUUUGCCCACCAACUCUUCGAUUGUGGGGGUGCUCUGCGGGAGGCUUGAGGCCCAUCCCCUCCGUACAUUACGUACUGCACCCCCUUGGACCCACUAGCUGGCUGCGCUGAGGGCACUUAACCCUUUACUGACUUGAGCUCCCCCAAGUUGCAAUUGGAGUUUGCUGGCAGAAGGACUGGUUGAAGGCGUUCAUUGCAGGAAUUACUAGCCGAAGAGGACUCCGUUGGAUAUUUUUAAAAAGAGAAACCUUUUUUCCUUAAGGACUUAUAGCCAAAAUUUUUCAAACUUCGAGAAGAGGACUCUUUUAGCCAUGGCUGAGCCACUCCUGUCAGAAUAUCAGCACCGACCGCAAACUACCAACUGUACAGGUGCUGCUGCUGUCCAUGAAGAGCGGAACCCCGAGCGCCCCCCGGGCGCGGAGGAGCGGGUGCCCAAGGAGGACAGUAGGUGGCAAUCGAGAGCGUCCCCCCAGUCGGGCUGCCGUCCGGGGCAGGAGGGGGAAGGGAGCCUGGAGCCCCAGCCACCUCCCCUUCUGAGCCAGGCCCGCCCAGACCCUAGCUGCCCCAAAGCGGGGGAAGAAGGCCAGAACGGGGACGACCUGUCCGCUGGCGGAGCCUCCCCGCCAGCGGCGGGAGGGGAGUCGAGACCCGAGGCCGGACCGCCCGUCCACCCAUGUCAUGACUCCGAGGCCAGCAAGUUGGGGGCGCCUGCCUCCGGGGGCGAGGAGGCGUGGGGACAGCAGCAGAGACAGCUGGGCAAGAAGAAGCAUAGGAGACGCCCCUCCAAGAAGAAGCGGCAUUGGAAACCGUACUACAAGCUGACCUGGGAGGAGAAGAAAAAGUUCGACGAGAAACAGAGCCAGCGAGCUUCGAGGAUGCGAGCCGAGAUGUUCGCCAAGGGCCAGCCAGUCGCGCCCUACAACACCACGCAGUUCCUCAUGGAUGAUCACGACCAGGAGGAGCCGGAUCUCAAAACCGGUCUCUACCCCAAGCGAGCCGCCGCCAAAUCCGACGACACCAGCGAUGAGGACUUUAUGGAAGAAGCGGGUGAGGAGGACGGGGGCAGCGACGGGAUGGGAGGGGACGGCAGUGAGUUUCUGCAGCGGGACUUCUCGGAGACCUACGAGCGGUACCACGCGGAGAGCCUGCAGAACAUGAGCAAGCAGGAGCUCAUCAAGGAAUACCUAGAGCUAGAGAAGUGCCUCUCGCGCAUGGAAGACGAGAACAACCGGCUGCGGCUGGAAAGCAAGCGGCUGGGCAGCGAAGACGCGCGGGUGCGGGAGCUGGAGCUGGAGCUGGACCGGCUGCGCGCCGAGAACCUCCAGCUACUGACGGAGAACGAACUGCACCGGCAGCAGGAGCGAGCGCCGCUUUCCAAGUUUGGAGACUAGACUGAAACUUUUGGGGGGAGGGAGGAAAGGGGACUUUUUACAGUGAUGGAAUGUAACAUUAUAUACAUGUGUAUAUAAGACAGUGGACCUUUUUAUGACAAAUAAUCAGAAGAGAAAAUCCCCCCCGGCUUUGGUUGGUUUGGUUAAUUUAGCUAUGAUGUAGCUUGUGUGCUUUCUCCUGUUCUUUAAUUAUGUGAAUCUGAAGGGUUGCUUUUCUUUUCCUUUUUAGAAGGUUUUUUUUUUUAAAUGUGUAAUUUGACCAAGUUAUACUGCAUUUUUCUGUUUAAAAAAAAAAAAAAAA